AUGGCAGACACCACACCACCCUUUCUAAAGUUUAAGGUAAGCAACGAGAGGUCCAGUAUGGAGGUCAACACCAGAAAGAUCCACUGCAAACUUUGUUUGACCGACUGCCUUGAACCAGAGACAAGCACACUGCACUCAUGUAACUGCGUCUUCUGUGUACAGUGUUUACGGCAGUAUGUCCAGUUGGCUAUUCGGGAUGGUGCCGGAGGUGCAAUUACUUGCCCUGAUCCGGCCUGUGAGAACACUGGUACUCUGCUUGACUCUGAGAUCGCCUCCUUUGCCCCAGGUGAUCAGAUUGAACUCUAUCAGCGCCUCAGAUUUGAAAGAGGAGUUCAGUUAGACCCCAGUAAGGCCUGGUGUCCCAUGCUGGACUGCCAGGCUGUGUGCAGUGUCACGCCUGGUACCGAAGGCAAACCAGCGCCCGUCCCCUGCCCCACGUGUCAUGCCGUCUUCUGCUGCGGCUGCAGAGGUCUCUGGGAUGACGGACACUCCUGCUCCCAGCAUCAGCCACUGAUGACAUCAUCAGCGGACAGUGGAUUGGUCAGCACUGACACCGAUGCGGCGAUUAAACAGUGUCCCAUGUGUGGCGUCUACAUAGAGCGCAAUCAGGGCUGCGCUCAGAUGCUGUGCAAGAGUUGCAAGCACACAUUCUGCUGGUACUGCUUACAGAAUCUGGAUGGUGAUAUAUUCCUGAGACAUUACGAUAAAGGACCCUGCCGAAACAAGCUGGGACACUCCAGAGCCUCGGUCAUGUGGAACAGAACGCAGGUGGUCGGUGUCCUGGUAGGUGUUAGCAUCAUUGUACUAGUGACAUCACCACUGUUGCUCCUGGCAUCGCCCUGCAUCCUGUGCUGCGUGUGCAAACCCUGCCGUGCCAAGUCUUCCAAAAAGAAGCGGAAAGAUAAAAAGCCAUCAGAUUCCACUGCGUAGUAAACAACAUCUGUAGCACCUUCACGUGCCAAACACUAGUUUUGCUAGCCAGGUGCACAAGUGCCUCAUUCUCAGUGCCUGCUAUUUGGUGGGUUCUGUUCAUUUUGCCUUUGGGAAAAGCAUGUUGUUUAUUGACUAAACAACAUCCGCCCUUUCUCCACUAAGCCAAAACAUGUUUUUCAUUUGUUCUAUAGAUGAUAUAAAACAUUUAUAGAUUGUAGCUUUGUUGUUUCCAUAUAAUGCUCCAAACCAAAGGCUGUGAUUUCAUCUUGUGUACUAUACAAUGUAAAUACUGUAUUUAUGUUUCUGGGUACUGUCCUGUUUUCAUUUUUACAUUUGUUGAUUUUUUUCUGCACAAGAUAUUUUAUAAAACUUCACUACAAUAAAUGAAACAGCUCAAACUGA